AUGCGCAGUGCUGUGUGAUUUCAUGUUAUCGCCGUGUUGCUCUGUCGAGUUUUUUUUAAGAAUUUCUGAGGUUGAUAAAAGUCAGGAAGUGGACUACAUUUAAAGAGACUGAUCGGGAGAGCUGAUACACAAUGUUCGAGUCUGGCUUCAAGAAUGUGAACAUAAAUCUGACCUCGGCUAAUCCGAGGAGGACCUUCUCCUGCGGAGACACCGUCACUGGAACUUUAUCUUUCGACCUCACAAAGGAGACGAAAAUAACAUCCAUCACCAUGGCCCUGACUGGAAAUGUAGAUGUGCACUGGAGCACAGGCAGCGGGGGCAAGAAGAGACAUCGAAGACAUUUCUCUGCAAAAAUCAACUUGUUCAACUUAAAAAGCGUACUUCUGCAAGAAAACAGACUUGGUGGUGGACAAACCAAACUUCCCCCUGGGACGCAUGUGUACCCCUUCACCUGUCACAUCCCACACGGAGAUUUCCCAUCUUCUUUCCAUGGCAUUCAUGGAAGGAUACAAUACCUUUUGACAGUGAGCAUUGACAGACCGUGGCAUUUUGCAAAAUCCUUUGAGACAGAGCUACAUUUUUUAGAACGAAUCAGCAACAGACCUGAACUAUGGGCUCCACUCUCAGGAUCUAACAGUAUGAACGUCUGCUGCCUGUGCUGGACCUCUGGUCCAGUUGAACUGACAGCAACUUUAGAAAGAAAAGCAUUCAUGCGGGGUGAAACUGUGAAAGUCAUCUGUGAGAUCAACAACGCUUCAUCUCGGACAGUUACCCCCAAAGCCAGACUGAAGGAGAGGCAGACGUAUUAUACCCACGGAAGACACAACCGCAAUUCAGGCACACGAAACCUGGUCACUCAGAACGGAGAACACAUUAAACCCAACACACCAGAUGUCCACAAAGAACUCCUGCUCACCAUUCCCACCAAUACUCACCUGUCCAUCUCUAACUGCCCCAUAUUAGAAGUGGACUACAUGAUUGAGGUUCUUCUUGAUGUAAGAGGUUCUUCUGAAGUCAUUGUGCGCUGCCCUAUUAUCAUCUAUGAUAAUAACAUUUACAACACGCUUCCACUGCAGCCUUAGACUCUGCGUCUGCUGCUCCAUCUCAGGUAUUUCAGACAGUAUCUUACAUAUGUCUCAAUCAGGAAACCAAAAUCAUUCCAUUUCUACCAAAUUGAAUAUUCUAUAGGUUAUGACUUAUGCUCUGUCAGUACGAUCCUUGCUGCCACAGUUAAUACUGUUGUUUUGCCCAUGUGCAAGACUCUUUACCUGCCUUGCCUUAAAGAGGCUUUGAGUGCCACAAGGACGUAGAAAUGAGCCGUUUAAAAAUGACAUCAUGUGAUCAGACCUGCUGCACUCAGACUGAAAGAUUGUCUUAUCUAGGCCUAAGUGCACUAUAGUAUUGAACAUUCAUCAUUAGUUCCUUUGUGUGAAGUUAAUAUUUAUUAAUGUUUUUACACUGUAACUACAGCAGUUUGGUUGAUCUCCUUAAAUCAGCAGCAUUAAGGUUGACACACAAACACACAAAGAUCUAUUUAUGUCAGAUAAGACAUACAUUUUUAUAAAAUGUGCAUUUUCAUGACCUAAAUACUGUAAACCUGUGCACGCAAGCAACCAAAUGUAAUUCAUCUCAGUUGUUUAAUGCACAAAAUGAGACACAUACUCCAUGUGACAAUUUGAUUGUAGUUACUUUUCUUAAAAAAAUGUCUUUUAUCUGAACUACUUUUUCAUAUGUAAAAAAACAGAAUCUUUUUCACCAUGUGCCAUGGCAUCUAUGGUUGUGAUAUUGGCUGUUGACCAGUUUAUUACAGUGAUUCAUUGUGUAUUUCAACACUUCCUUACUUCAGUCAACAACUAUGAUUUUGCAGUGGCUCACCAUGUUCUGUCUGAGUAGUGUAGUGUGUAUCUAUCAGAAGUAAGAGUAAUUGUACUCAAGUAAGAGUACUAUUACUACAAAAUAAUAUUAAAGUACUAGUGCAAGACAUUACUCAUCACUCGACAUUACUACUAAGAGUCAAAAAGUAUAUGGGGAAACAACUAUUUAAGCAAGGGUAAGUAAGAAAGAACUGUCUUGAUGUAACAUCCGUUAAUGUUUAAAUGAUGCAAAAAAUCUGGUACUUCCAGCCACAAAAUUAAGAAAAACAAAGUAUAUCUUUAGCUAAAUGUUACCUGAAAUAAUACUGUUACGCUGUCAAAUAUAUUACUCAAGUAAGAGUAAAACUAUGAAGUCAGAAAACUAGUCUGAGAAGAACAAUUUUAUUAAAAAGUGACCCUCCUCUGAUCCUUUGUAUCAACACAGCCAGCGUUAGGGGGGACUGUUUGUUAUGUGAACAAAAUGUAGCCUAUACUAUUUUAUGUUACAUUUGAGAAACCUGGUAAAGUGCUCUUAGAUGUAUUGCUAUUUAUUUUUGGAACUCAUUUUUUUACAUACAUUUUAACAUGGUAAAUAGCCAGAUCUAAUGUCCAGUUCAAGCGAUGUUUGCUUUAACUAACAGUGUGUCACAUUAUAUGAAAUGCAUAACUAAUACAAUGUUCUACUGGGUAUAAAAGUGUUGUUGCUGUUACGUAUUUGGAUUGACUGCAUGUAUGAUAUGAUAAAUGAAGAGAAAUAAACUGUAUAAGAAACC